AUGUCAAAUGGUCGCGUUUGCAGUCAUCGAAAAUCAGAAACAGAUCUUGAACAGACUACUGAUGUGAUCUAUGUAUGCAGUAAUGAUAUUGAACUAGCUUCAUUUCCAGCGGAGAAGUCAAAGUCAAGCGUGAAAGUAUUAAGCGCAAAUAUUAAGAGUGAAGAAGGACAAUUGGUCUGCAGUGUAACUGAAAACGAGGAAAAUAUCCUUGAUUUACAUCCUUUAACGGCAGCUUCUGCUGUUAAUCUUGAGGUAGCAGCUGUUAAAAAUAAGACUUGUGAAAUGAACAAACCGAGAACUAUUGUAUCAUUGAUUAAUAAUCGAUAUGAGGUAUUAGACAAUAUCAACUUUGGAGGUUACGGAUUUAUAUUUACUGCCCGUGAUACUUUUACAGGAAAGAAAGUGGCAGUCAAGUUGAUCAGUAGUUCAGUCGCGAGUGCCAACGUAUAUUUGCAGCAUGAAUAUGAGGUAUACAAUGCUAUGAAAGGCGAGUUCGGAGUUCCGGAAGUUUACUGGUCGGGUACUGAAUUUAACCACGAAAUCCUGGUCAUGCAGUUACUUGGGCCUUCACUUUCUCAACUUCACAAAUAUUGCAAUCGUAAUUUCUCUGACGAGGAUAAAUCUUAUCUUCGUGUGGGGAAUAUUGCUUGUUCUGAUUUUUAUAAAGCCAUGAUUUGGCGUGGAGAACGUAUUUUAUUGUCCUACUCACAGAUAUUUUGGAUUACUAUAAGUCAAAUCGGACAACAAAUGCUGCAUCGCCUUCAGAUUCUGCAUUCAAGUGGAUUCGUGCAUCGUGAUGUAAAACCAGAUAAUUAUCUUAUGGGUAUCGGAGAUGAUGAAGAAAAGUGUUAUCUUAUCGAUUAUGGACUUGCUCAGCGUUACAUAUCUGAUGAUGAAGCUCGAAUACACAUCGCUUUCGAGAAAGAACGCCGUUUAAUUGGCACUACCACAUACGCAAGCAUUAAUAGUCAUAAAGGAUAUACUUUGAGUCGUCGUGAUGAUUUAGAAAGUUUGGGUUAUAUUUUGAUAGAAUUUAUCAAUCGUAGUUUACCAUGGAUCCGUGAGCAAAAAACAUUAUUGAGAAAAGCAAAGUCAGCAAGAAAACAAGUAUUCAGUUUGGUAAGAGCUAUGAAAGAAGGUAUUAAGUGGGGUUCUGUCUGUCCAAAAAUGGCGGAUUGGAUGGAGUACUGCAGUAAACUUGGUUUCGACGAGAAAAAUAUAGUUGCAUGCGCAUUACAGCCCGAUUAUGAUUAUUUGAGAAAAAUCAUAGAGUCAAUUUCGCGUCCAUCCGAAAAAUCGAGUUUUAAUCAAGAGUGUGACCAGCAGGGACAGCAAACUACAUUCCCUCCAAAUUUAGACAAGUCUGAUGAAGAAACAAAGCGUUACAGCUGGAUAAUUCUUCGAGAAAGCUCUUUCAAUGCAAAACAUACUUUCGAAAGAUUGUACAGUUUUGAUAACGGAGUGAUUAUUACAGGCAAACGAGAUAAAUUGUCACGAAGGAAGAAGUACCGUCAAUCAGCCACUAAAAUAGUGUAUUAUGCUUUAGAAGCUUUGUAUAUCAAAUCUGACUUUGAUAAAGAAUGCGCAACUUAUUUUAGCGUUUUAAAUUUCACAGCGAUGAAAUGA